AUGUUCGUGCCGGGGAUGCCGGUCGUCGUGACCCAAAACACCCACCAGGGGCUAAAGCUGACCAACGGCGGCGGCUACACGGCGCUGGAGGUCAUCGUCGACAAGGCGUACCCGGGCCACCGCGUCUCGGCCGACACGACGAUGCACUUUGGGCCUGUCAAGAUCCAGCGCCAGCGGAAGCGGCCGUGGCAGCGCAACGACGUCAGCCGAAAAGGCCUGCCGUGCGCGGCGGCCUUCGCAUGUACCGACUACAAGGUGCAAGGCAGAACGUUCGAGCGCGUGGCCCUCGAGCUACGGGGAGCACGGGCGACGAACGUCGACGGGCGGGUGGUGCCCGCGCAGUGCGACCCGUAUGGCCUGUACGUGCAACUCUCGCGGUGCCGGACGCUAGACGCCAGCAUGCUCGUCUCCAAGGUGCGGAAGAGAGACCUGGUGGGGAACCGGGUGCCCGAGGAGAUGAGCGGCGCGCAAAGCAGGUUAGAGGAGCUGUGCGGCAGAACCAUCAGGGGAGUGCUUCGCUGGCUAGGCGAUUGCGCCGAAAUCUAG